UAGAGAGGAACCAGGCAGAGAGGGAGGAGAGCGGACACUAAGCUGCCUGUCCAGGGGCCCGCAAACACCUGAGACGCCGAGAAAGAGAAGAUGAAAGUGAAGGCAAUGAGAGAAGAGGAAAGAGGACGAGAUAGUGAGGAACAUUACAGAAGUGGCGGGGACGGAGGGGAUUAGUACCGGAUCACCUUCCUCCCGCUCUCCUGCUUAACGAAUGGAACUCCUCGUGUGCACAUCCCCCGCCUUCCCUGUUAACGAAUGGAACUCCUCGUGUGCACAUCCCCCGCCUUCCCUGUUAACGAAUGGAACUCCUCGUGUGCACAUCCCCCGCCUUCCCUGUUAACGAAUGGAACUCCUCGUGUGCACAUCCCCCGCCUUCCCUGUUAACGAAUGGAACUCCUCGUGUGCACAUCCCCCCGUCUUCCCUGUUAACGAAUGGAACUCCUCGUGUGCACAUCCCCCGCCUUCCCUGUUAACGAAGGUAACCGCCAGGCUCAGGACACCACCCAAGGACACCCCGACGACUUCUGCGAGAGCCUUUUGGAAUAGACGGACUAAGCCUUCGAAGAGUUUGACAAUAUGGACCUUAAACACUAAGCCACACUCCCUAAACAGCGAUCCUAUAUGAACAUGAGUGAAAGCUGUCAAGAAGAAGAAGAAGAAGAACAAGAACAAGAAGUGAAAAGGAAGUAGUGUGUGUGUACGUGCGUGUGUGCGUGUUGUCAGUUCCGGAUACUGGAUAGCCUUAAGACGCUGAUCGCUAGUAACAUACAGAAUUCACACACGCACAGACUCACGCACUCUUCCUCCCUCCAGCCAUGACCAAGACCCUGGCAGCGGCGGUGGUGGUGGUGGUGGCGGCAGGGGUCUGUGGCCUCGGUGCCCUUGCCCUUGACUGCAACGCUGAGGAAGUUGUGGGUGAAAGAGAAGUGAAGACCAUCAAGACAUCAAAAUCAAAUAAUGGAAGUUUUACUGCUAUUUCUCUAUAUACCCAACCAGAGACUGGCUUCGAGGGCGUCAGCGUGGUGGUCCAGGCGAGUGGCGGAGGUGGUGGUGGUGGAGAUGAGCGCCACACCGUCUGGAUAAAUGGUUCGUGCUUCCGGAGAGAUGGUCUGUGGGAGAAGAUGCGUGUGUGGGCUGAGAGAAGCAAAGACCCACAAACCCUCGAGUAUAAGCUGUUUACUGAUAACUGUACGGGGAAUUGCGUGAUUGAAGGCGUUCACGGGGAGCUCUUGACCCUCAGCGUGGAGGCUCACGGGCCCUCCAGCUGGAAAGAAAGCGAACCUAAUUCUACCUGCUACAAGUUCAACAGUACAUCAUGGCCACAUGCCAACAAACUCUCGCGCCUCCCCACGUGUGUGACGCAGUCUUCACCAAGGCAGGGUACCUCUUUUAACCCUGCACCAAGUCCUUCCCCUCCACCAAGGCAGGGUACCUCUUUCAACCCUGCACCAAGUCCUUCCCCUCCACCAAGGCAGGGUACCUCUUUCAACCCUGCACCAAGUCCUUCGCCUCCACGACAAGGCACGGGGGUGGCCAUGGAAGUGGUUGUGGUUGUGGUUGUGGUGCUGGUGGUGGUGUUAGUGAUAGUGGUAGUGCAUUGUUGGAGACGAUGGCGAGUUGUGGCAUCACACGAGGAUGAGAGGCGACCCCAAGCAACCGAGCAGGCCAGCCACACACACGUUGUCGAGAACAGCCUGUACGAAGCCUUCCCUGCCCACGAGGACCCUGCCGCAACCCCCCAAAUAACCAGCCACACACACGUUGUCGAGAACAGCCUGUACGAAGCCUUCCCUGCCCACGAGGACCCUGCCACAACUCCCCAAAUAACCAGCCACACACACGUCGUCGAGAACAGCCUGUACGAAGCCUUCCCUGCCCACGAGAACACUGCCCCCCCCCAACAGGGCAGCCAUACACACGUCGUCGAGAACAGCCUGUACGAAGCCUUCCCUGCCCACGAGGACCCUGCCACAACCCCCCAAAGAACUAGCGACACAUACGUCAUCGAAAACAGCCUGUACGAAGCCUUCCCUGCCCACGAGGACCCUGCCACAACCUCCCAAAGAACUAGCGACACAUACGUCAUCGAGAACAGCCUGUACGAAGCCUUCCCUGCCCACUAG